AUGGCCAAUGUUCAAACACCACCAUAUAUUACACAAGUUUCCUUACAUGGAGAGAGCCGAAACGGCAAACCUCCCUUGCCAACCAUCUACGAUGGUUCCAGUCACAGUGAAGACAGCGACUCAGAAAGUCGUGCAGUCGGUGUCGAAUCUGCGAGUUUUUUGGCUGUCCAGUCUCCGGCCCUGGGCCUCACAUCCUCAACUAUGACUGGAGUAAAAAUGUCAAAAUCUGAUCCUAGUUUACUGAUGCCAAAGAGUGUGACAAUAGAGAGCAAGACUGUCCUCACCAAACUGUGCACGACUUCCUCUCCAAGUCUACCGGAAUCAUCAACCAGCCCCUGCGAUAACGAUGGGCAAAAAGAAUCAGGGUUGCUAAGUCGCAGCUCCACCUCGACACUGUCCACACUCACUUCCCUGUCCGAGGAGCGAAAUGAGGCGAACUCAAAGUCUGAAAAUCCCAGCGCACACCUGGAUUACCUGCGACAUGUGCACAAGCGCACACGUCGGCGAAAACGUCUACGAAAGUACCUCAAAAUACUGCAUUUCUUUGUGGUGUGCGUUAUACCUCUGGCGAGCAUAGUACUGGGUAUUCUUGGUAUUAUCACGGGGCACUUUUUGCAUGUGAAUUCCUUCCUUGUGGCCGGUUGUCUGCUCCUGAUUGCAGCCUGUGGUCUGAUUCUGCAGUCCUGUUUCUGGAAUCGCAGCAUGCCCAACAAGUUCAAGGCUGCCGAAAUUGCCUUUAAUAUGCCCCCAGAGGGCAGUCCAGAUGUCAUAAAAGCCUGCACUACGCAGCAGCCCAUGCAGGCGGACAUGUCGCAAGGAGAGCAGAAGAGCUCAAAGGAGGAUUUACCGGGUGCUGCGCAGAAUGGAGGCAAACGCGCAUCCACUUUAACCGCCAUCUCUGCCAGGGUGCCAGGCACGACUCUCACCUUUUCUGCCGACAGUCUCGCUACAGGUGUAAAUCCAGCCCAAGUUCGUCGCCUCAGUAUAGCGCUGAAUAGAGCAACUGAGGAACUCUCGGCUGCUCGACGCAUGACACAGUCCAGUGGCGAUCGAAUGCUGAAUCUGGCUCGAAGACUGACCAUGGGACCA